UUGACUCCGCGGUCACACUGCUCACGAGGAGUAAAUUUUUAUAAAAAUCAAUUUUACCGAAAUUUUAAGCGACCGCGAACGAAAAUUCCGCCAAAGCUCAAUUAAAUGCCAGUGCGAACUGCAUUUUGCGAGCGAUUUCGGUGACCAGAUAUUUGGGUGUUCCGUUGAAGGGUUGCUAGCGAGCAGAAACCCACGAUUUCCGACCGUGUGCGUUGAUUUAAAGCCGCAAAAGUGGAUACCGAAACAGUGAAAAUCGAGGAUUUGAUGGACUCUGAUCCUGAAAUCGAGUUCAUUGAAAAGGACAGCGGGAUGUCGUCGUUGGGCGGCAGCAAGGACGAGACGCCCGAGCGGCGGGCAGUGGCCGCCACUUCAAAUGAGCCACAAGGCGAGAACUACGAUGAUGAACCCGAUGAGACGGCGUCCGAGCGCUUCUGGGGCCUCACAGAGAUGUUCCCGGAGCCACUGAGGAAUGCGGUGGGUGCCGUGAGCAGCGCCACGGUGAACGGCGUCAAGGGCUUCUACACGUUCUCGUGCAACGCCAGCUGGAUAUUCUUCACCAGCUCGGUCAUCCUGUUCGCCCCGGUGAUCUUCGAGACGGAGCGCGCCCAGAUGGAGGAGCUGCAGAAGUCGCAGCAGAAGCAGGUGCUCCUGGGACCCGGCAGCGCGAUGGGUCCCGGCGGCUCCUCGCCCAGCUUACCCUUGAUUCGUUAACCUACCACAUACGCAUAUUAGCUCUACGAUAACCGGCAGCGGAAAUCCGGAAAUUGCCACACGUUAGCUUAAGUUUGUCGAUACCAAUCAAUCCCAGUCGAAAUCGAGAGAAGAGACGGAGGACGUCUGUGAAUAGCCGAAGUAAUAGCACCAGCGAUUUCCUUAUCCAAAUGCCACUCCAUUCAUAGACCAGCAUUUACGCAUCCACACACAAUCGGAACUACCGGCAAUUAAAAGAAAAAGCAGACGUCCUCUUCGAUCGAAACGAACAGUUGCAAAACUUCAGAUAGGUGUUAGCAUUGUAGUUGGCGUACAGUGUAUAAACAAAGCAACCACUACGGUUUAAACCAAUUAAUAAAACUACGUUUAUUAAUAGUUAAAA